AUGAAAUCACUUAUUAUUUUAGCUUGUUUCUUGUCUUUGGGCUCUUGCCAGUUCCAGAACUUCGACCCAUAUUUGACCACCACAGAACCAACUCGCCCAAUUUGGAACGGCCCCCUAGCCAAUCACGUGAGCGGUCUACCACCCCCGGACACCCCUGAAGUAGCCGCCGCCAAAUCUCAACUCAGACAAGCCUACUCCCAUGUUCUUGCAGUGCUACCAACCUUGGCACCGGAAGUGCGUUACCAAAAGAACGGAAUCUUGCUACCCCAGCACCCACAACCGAUUCAACAGCAACCGUUUCAACAGCAACCGAUUCAACAGCAACCUUUUCCACAACAAACGUUCCAGCCGGAUUACCAGCAACCAAUAGUGGAACCGCAACCUGUCCACAAUUCUCCGCAGUUCACUCAGUUCGCAGAAGAGAUCCCCAGGAGUCGCAUCGGCGAAGUUCCUGAAGUGCACGCAGCGAGAGUCGCCUUCUUGAAGGCCUACCAGGACACCCUUGCUUCUUUGCCACCACUCAAGAACUAA